UCAACGUCGGGAUCUCGGAGGCCUGAAGCAGUCGAGAAAUGCUGAGGGCCAACCGGCAACCUGUGCCUUGCGACUGGCGAAUUGACCACGACGCUUCCGUAGGCAUUACAGCAUCUGCGUCUCUCAUGCGGCACUUAGCGAAAGACACGCAGGUACGUUGCCAACUCGCGUUGCUCAGGUCGACAGCCGUGACUGUCUAUGCUGGGUUUACUCUCUGGAAAGACCAUGACAACUCAAUACGUCGAUCGUUCCCAGACGUUUUGGACUUCCCAGACACCUAUGCCACCUGGACAUAGCGAGCGCCCAUGGGGAAGCACAGCAUUAUAAUAUGACACCAGAUUCGAGAAUACCGCGCAACCCGCCAUCUAAUAAUUAAUCC